UGCAUGCUCUCACGUCUCGUCAACUCGAUUAUAGUGGUACGUGGUUGGUCGUCUGCAAAGAUUUUGCUGAAAUCAUACCUGACAAAAAAAAUAAAUAAUAUACAUAACACAAAGUUUUGCAUCAAACGAAACAUCGGCCUGUCCUACUUUUCACUUUUCUUGCAAAAACAUCAUUAAUUUAUUUGUUUCCUGGUUCGGCAAUUCUGAACAUUGAAUAUCGCAAACAAAAAAUUUAAUAUAAUAAGUGUCAGAAGUGCAAAUAUGUAUUAUUGUAGUGAUACAUAGAUAUCAUAAAUAUUGAGCAACGUUGAACCAUUUUGAAGUGUGCGUGGGUGCUUUUUCCAUUCAGAGAUCCAUAUUAUUUGUCUACUUCCAGCGUUUUCGGAGAUUCGGAUUCGAUAAAGUAAACAAACCAAAUUGCUUUAUGCGGUAUCCGCGGUAUAAUAUAAUACAUAAUCUCUCAGCACUAAAAGUGAUGGUUGCUAAAGUCCAAUAAUACAGAAUUCCGUUGAUGUUAUAAUUUAUUAAUCCUACAAUUUUUUAUUAAACAUUUAACGGAAAUGUCGUGAUCUCUGAGCAUAAUGACGCGCCUAAAAGGCCGGACAUCGUUGACGAUCUUCGUAGUGAUUAUCUUCGCGCUGUUAGUCGUUGUUUACCACCUUCUUAGUAAUGAGGUGGAUGACAUAUCCACGGGGAAGGGACGUUCCUACCUCAAAGGCAAAGAUCUCCAUUAUGUAAAAGGCAUUACUGAAGCUCCUGAAAUGAUGAAAAAGCAAAAUUCUGAGAUAUUCGGCGACAAAUUCAAAAUUGGUGGAAGGUACAGGUAUGACGGCUCUCCACUGUUUACGGGUCACAAAAUCGUGCACCUUGAUCUUAAAGGUGCCCCACCAAAAGUCACCUAUUUCGAGUAUCUUUUUCGGUUGCUUAAAACCCUUGGAGCAACUGGUAUUUUGAUAGAGUAUGAAGAUAUGUUUCCCUUCGAAGGAAGCCUGAUUGACAUUGGGGCAGGUAAUCGCUAUCUCAGAAAAGAAAUUCAGAAGAUUCAAAAUCUAGCUGAUGAAAAUGAAAUGACUGUCAUUCCCUUGAUCCAGACUUUCGGGCACUUGGAGUUUAUUUUGAAGCUACAGAAGUAUAAAGAUCUGAGAGAGAUUUGUCGAUAUCCCCAGUCCAUCUGCCCAACACACAACAAAUCACUGCCUCUCUUAUUUGAAAUGAUUGAUCAAGUUAUUAUGGCACACCCUAGCUCUAAAUAUUUACACAUUGGUGCUGAUGAGGUUUAUCAGCUUGGGGAAUGUACUCGAUGUAUGGAUACCAUGGCUAAACACAAAUGGGGCAAGAGGCAACUUUUCCUGGAACAUGUAACGAAAGUAGCAAAGCAUAUCAAAGAAAAGUAUCCCCACUUAACGAUUCUCAUGUGGGACGACGAAUUCAGGGAAAUUGAAUCACAGGAACUGAUUGAAAGCGGUUUGAGCUGGCUGAUAGAACCUGUUAUCUGGAAGUAUACAACAGAUCCGGGUUCAUCGCUAACUGAUCAGCUUUGGGAGAACUAUGCACUUGUCUGGCCGGAGGUUUGGUUUGCUACAGCUUUUAAAGGAGCCACUGCUCCUGACAGAUACUACACGGACAUAUCUCACCACGUAGAAAAUCAUCGCCGAUGGUUAGAGAUAAUUGAAAAGUAUUCUUCGCGUAUCAAAUUUAAGGGAGCCUUUCUAACCGGUUGGCAAAGGUAUGAUCACUUCAGUGUACUCUGCGAACUGCUCCCUACUGCAUUACCAUCUCUAGCAGUCAAUUUAGCCGUUCUUCGAUCAAGCGAUCCUAGCGUAUUUCCAAUGGAUGUUCCAAUCAAAGUCACAGAGGCUCUUUCAUGCGAGGGUGGUAUAUCUUUAAGCAUUUCUGAACCACAGUACAGCUGGACAAAAUGCAACUAUCAUGGAGUACUUGUUUAUGCGGCAACUUUUAAGCUCUUUUCUAUUCAACAGGAAUUAAAUAGGUUGAAGCAGGAUAAUACCUUCAUAGGUUGGCUCACUCCGUACAACAUAAAGUAUUCAUUUUCGAGUCCAAGUCAUGUAGAGCGUGCUGUUACCGACCUAGAUAGGUACAAGAUGGAAGUGUUGUAUCUCGAAAAGGAGAUAAGUGUAGCUAUGGAGGAUAUUUACGACAAUUACACAAUCCAAGAGUGGCUGGAAACAAAUCUAGUGCCACUGAACAACGAAAUUGAAGAGAUCUGGGCAGCUAAGGAGAAAAUCUUAGAGAAACAAUCCUGGCCAAGAAGACCUCUUAUUAAGUCGGAGUUGUAAUAAAUUUUCCCGCGAGUAAAUUAAAGUUUCCAUAUUUGCGACGAUUGAAUCAUAAGUAAUUUAAGUUUAAUAAAAGUUGGGCUUAGCUCUUUAGAAACACAGGGUGUCUACAGUAGGGUGGUUCAAAAAUUCGAGUUUCGAUUUUUGGUGAUCGAUUCCCCAUAAUUUGUUUGUUUUCCGGAAAAAGUUCCCUAUUGAAAAAAAAUAUCCACAUGAAUCAGUGCCGCCGGGAUUUUUAAAUUAUCAUGGGGUUUUAAUAGGGAAGUGCUCGUUUAUUCAAACCAUUUUUUUGCCCGUAAAUCGUGAAAAGGUAUUAUUAUUUCGAGAUAAAUCAUGUAGUUUUGAAUUUUCAGAAUAAUAACUCCUUUUUAACUUA